AUGGUGCUUGGAACAUGGAAAAAGUAUGUCUCGAGCUCAUUAAUUCGCCGGUCGUCGCAAACACUGGCAGUCAUAGAGAAGACCGCCUAUAUCUAUGGGGGCGAGCUGCAUCCUCGCGAGCCCGUCGAUUCAGGCGUCUACGCCUGCUCGAUUGUUCAGGGUUCAUCUUCCCCAGAAUGCCAAGUCUCUGCUGCCACGGUGCCACAGGCGCCGCAACCUCGCGUUGGCUCGGCUUCGACGGCGCUGAAAGGCAAGGUCUAUGUCUUCUCGGGACGCGGCGGCACCGCCAUGGCACCAAUCGAGGAACACGGCGCUUUCUGGAGCUUUGACCCUACCACUCAAUCCUGGUCAGAAAUCACGCCGCGAGACCCUCAGUCACCGUUCCCUCCCGGUCGCAGCUACCAUGCUCUUGCAAACGAUGGCAAUGACAUGAUAUAUCUGCAUGCUGGCUGCCCGGAGAAGGACAGGCUAAGCGAUCUGUGGUCGUUUAGUGUGUCUCAGCGGAAAUGGCAUCAGCAUGCUGCAGCUCCGGAUCCAGCCAGAGGCGGAACCUCGAUUGCUUUUGCGCGGGGGAAGCUGUGGCGCAUGAACGGGUUUGACGGGGCAAAGGAGCAAGGCGGAACUCUCGACGUCUUUGACCCUGGGAAUGUUCAUUGGAACACAAUUUCGUUUGCUGCAGACGGCCGAGAGGGGCCUGGGCCGCGGAGCGUUUGCUGUCUGCUGGCAUUGAAAAUAGGUGGCCGCGACAGUCUCUUGACCAUGUUCGGAGAGAGUGACCCCAGUAACUUGGGACACCAAGGCGCUGGCAAAAUGCUGGGAGAUAUAUGGGUCUUUGACAUUGAAUCUGGACAUUGGCAAGAGGUCCGGUUCCCGGACGGAGAAGACAAGCCCAUGCCCCGUGGGUGGUUCGCGGCCGACGUGGUCGCCGACUCCAGUGUCAUAAUUCAAGGUGGGCUCUCGGCGUCAAACGAACGACUUGACGACGUUUGGCUGUUGGAAUUUGAAUGAGUCGAUUCCACGCAAAAGAUAGCUGCCUCCACACGACAUGUGAGCCAGAAGAUGAUCCUGUAUCCUCCGCA